AAAAUUGGAUACAACGAGGUUAUCUACACUGUUGAUCUCAAGAAAGGAGAGGUCACCAAAGGGCCAUACGAGGGAGGAAAGCCUGAUGCAACAUUUUCAUUUAAGGAUGAGGACUUUGUUAAGGUCGCUUUAGGGAAGAUGAAUCCACAGCUUGCAUUCAUGAGGGGCGCGAUGAAGAUUAAGGGAAGUUUGAGCGCUGCGCAGAAAUUCACUCCGGAUAUCUUCCCGAAGCCUGCCAAGAUGUGAGAAGCUGCUUGAAUCAUCAUUUGGAAGCAAUAAAAGAAUAUAGAUAGCAUCAAAAUCUGAAAACUAUGUCUCUAGUUCAAUGCAUGGAUCAUCAUUCCUAAGGUUAUAACAGGUGUUCCAUGAGUGUAAUAGAGUUAUGAACUCUGAAGGAUAUUUACAUAAGCUUUUUUGUUUUCUACCGUAUUCAAAUUCCAAAUUAGUUCCAUCAUUUUCAUUCUUUUCACUGUUAUUAAGUAUAAAUAAUUGGAUCAAUGCACCUCUAGUUAAUUCUUGUUUUCUCGGUAUUUUU